CUCUACAUCUCUCUUCCAGUAACCUCUACCCAUCGCCCAGCCCAGCUUUCUCUUUCUCUCUCUAUUUUCCUUCGAAUUCGGUCCGACCGCGUUCUCUUCACGCCGCAAGUCCAUUUCUCUCUCCUCGCGUCUGUUCUGCUGUCUGUCUUUGCCUCAAUCUAGACGAUGAGGAAAGGUUCGAAGAGAAAGGCGAGCCAGAAGGAAGACAGCAAAUCUCCCGAAGAGCUCCCCAAGGAUUCAACCAAAGCAUCGAGCAGAGGGAAGCGAGUCAAAGCUCCUGCUGCACCGAAGCAAAAAGAGGAGCCCGAAUUCUUCCCCGAGAAGCGAAAUCUGGAAGAUCUAUGGCAAGCUGCAUUCCCAGUUGGCACGGAGUGGGAUCAAUUGGACUUGCUUAAUCAGUACAAAUGGGAAUUUUCAAAUUUAGAAAAUGCCUUUGAAGAGGGAGGAGAUCUUUAUGAGAAGAAAGUCUACCUUUUUGGUGCUACAGAACCUCAAAUGGUAUUCUUCAAGGGUGAAGGGAAAGUAGUCUGUAUCCCCACUGUUGUGGCAGUUGUUUCUCCUUUCCCACCUUCCGAUAAGAUUGGCAUUAAUUCAGUCCAAAGGGAAGCUGAGGAAAUAGUGCCAAUGAAGAAAAUGAAAAUGGAUUGGGUUCCAUACAUCCCUUUAGAAAAUAGGGAUAGCCAAGUGGACAGAUUGAAGUCUCAGAUUUUUAUUUUAAGCUGCACUCAGAGAAGGGCUGCUUUAAGUCACCUGAAAUUAGAACGUGUCAAGAAAUUUGAAUAUUGUCUGCCUUAUUUCUAUCAGCCCUUGAAGGAGGACGAAUUUGAGCAGUGUACAGAAGUUAAUAUCAUUUUUCCAGCAGAACCAAAACCGGUCUUUUGUGAAUUUGAUUGGGAGCUUGACGAGCUUGAGGAAUUUGCUGAUAAUUUAAUCAAGGAGGAGGAAUUAUCUGAGGAUCAAAAAGAUGCAUUCAAGGACUUUGUUAAGGAGAAAGUCAGAGAAGCAAAGAAAGCUAAUCGGGAGGCAAGGGAAGCCCGGAAGAAGGCCCUGGAAGAAAUGAGUGAGGAGACUAAAGCUGCAUUUGAAAGCAUGCGCUUUUACAAGUUCUAUCCUGUGCAAACUCCAGAUAUACCUGACAUAUCCCAAGUAAAGUCUCCCUUCAUAAAUAGGUACUAUGGCAAGGCUCACAAGGUUCUCUAAUGGGGUUUGUUGAGGAGGGAUCGAUAUCAACUUCAGAGUAUGGUUCAAGUAAAGGGAUGCCUGCUUGCUUUCUAAAACUGAGCAGCAGUAUAAAUGCAUUUGAUAUUUGAGAAAGAUUAGGUUGCAACCUUUCUUUGGUUGAUCACAUGCUCUAGUGAUCAAGCUAGGUGUUGUGUGAUAAAUGAUAUAGUUCAUUUAAUGAGAAUCGCAAGCUGAUCUCUUUCCAUCAGAUAAUUUUGUAGGAAAUUUUGGGAGGCUUCUAAUCCUGGAAGUUCUCUUGGUGUCUUCAUAUGCUGGAAUUCCAGUGUUAAGAGCUUCUGUUCUAAAUUCUCCCCCUCAGGUAGACUUGUUUUUUUUUUUUUUUUUUCUCUCUUCUUUCAUAACAUUCUUUAUAGUUACUGAAAUAUGUGAAAGAGGUGCAAGCAUGACUAGAUUUACUCAGACUUUCAAUUUUUUCUUGUUUUGAUUGAUAUUUAAUGGUGUAACAUGAGGUUCUUAUGAUGGUAAUAAUGGUAUAAAAAGUUAGAUAUUUGUACUGAAGCAUUUAUGCUUGGGUUCAUAUUACAAUUUACGAUGAGAACUUU